AUGGCCUCCAACGCCAUCCGCCAACCCCAAGCAUUGACAAGCUGCCGGUUGUGCGACCUCUCCUUCAGCAACGUCGCGGAGAAGCGCCAACAUGCCAAAAGUGACUGGCACAUCUACAAAAUUCGAUGUCGCGUGGCGGAAGAAGGGACGCUCAUGGCACCUCCAGAGAGUGCAGGCAGGCCUUCGACGAGGCGGGGGACAGCAGAGCGCGCUGCACCGAUUUCUGCAGCAUCUGCUUGUGCUGAAAUGCAAGACCAAGACACCACUGAUGACGAGGACGACGACGAUGACGACGCUAAUGACAGCCCAUCAGAGGCAAACCCCAACAUCGUCAAGUUCAUCCCAAGCGCCUGCCUCUUCUGCCCCAAGACCAGCCGCGACUUCGAAGCCAACCUGUUACACAUGCACCAAGCUCACAGUCUGGCCAUCCCAUUCCGAUCCUCCCUAGCAGUGGACCCCCAGACGCUACUCUGGUUCCUCCACAUGACCAUCUUCAGCUACCGCGAGUGCAUCUGUUGCGGGACGCGCCGCCGCACCGUCGUGGCCGUGCAGCAGCACAUGCGCGCGGCGGGCCACUGCCGGUUCAGCGUCACCCCGGAGAUGAACGAGCUCUACGACCUCGACUCGCUGGCCCGGCGCGCGUCGGCCCUUGACGUCCGCGGCGGGGACACGGCUGCGGGACGCGGGCGCCCGGUGCGCGGCCUUCUCUGCUGGCUGCGGCGCCAUAUGCUGCGGGAAGCCCUUUCAGCGGGACGGGACGGCGCGGAGCCGGUGCUGGCGCUGGCGAGGCGCGAUCGGAGGGAGCAGGCGCUCGCGGCUGGGAUGGCGCGGUUGCGUGCUGCGGAUCGGAUGAGCGUUGUGCAUCUGCCGCUGGGUCAGCAGCGGGCGCUGCUCGUGGCGCGCACCAAGGAGUUGGACGGGGCGAAGCGCGCCGAGUGGCGGACGAGAGGCCGUAGGGACCAUGUUGGCAACGUGACGGCGAUACAUACGAACUGCUACAAGCAGGAGGUGCCCGUGUAUAUGAGCGGUUAG